UUGGCAGUGUUACAUAUAAAACAGCCAUGAUAUGAAUAGUUGUGUUUAUACAAAAGGGACCAACAUAGAGAGUUUCACAAGGAGUUGACUGCAACAGCUCAGUUUCAACAAGAAAACUAGAAAACCAGAACACUACUGUAAACAGUUUGGUAUAAACCACGACAAAUUACCAGCGCUUGUUGGAUUUCUACGUGACCCUAAUCCUCUUCCGUAUCCUCGCCCACAUUCACUUUAACGACACACCCACCCUGCAAUGACGUUAGCAUUACAACCAGUCUCGCAUCAGAACCCUUUCCCUUGACGCUCAUAUCAGAACCGUUUCUUUUGACGUCGGUGACUUCUCCUUUCCAGUAAGACAUACGCCGAAUUUCCCCGUCUGACUGACAUUACAAACAACGUGUGAGAUCUGCACAAAUAUCAGGGCUCAUAGACGUUCGGCUUGGCUCUCCAGAUCAUGAUUGCCGUUUGUAGGACCACAGUCCUUGUCCUUCUUGGACUUGUCGUCUUUGCUCAAAGUCAAAAUGAAAACUGUUCCAAACCUGUGCCAGGGCCCAACAUGAAUUUGAAGGACAGCUUCAUUCUAUUAGAAACAUUUCCACAUGGUUCGAAGGUUUCCUUUGCCUGUGCUGUUGGUUACGUGACUGCUGGAGGGUCUCCUUCCAUUACCUGUACAUCUGGCACCUGGAGUCCUGUGAUGCUGAAAUGCGAGAGAUUUAACUGUGGUUCUGCUGGAGAAAUUCUAAAUGGAGAAGUUGACUAUCCUGAAGGGACUCAGUUUGGCGAUGUACUUGUGGCAUCCUGCAACACAGGUUAUAAUAUGAUUGGCAGAUCUAGAAUCACUUGUGGAGCCAGAGGGUGGACGGACAGGUUGCCUGAAUGUCAAGUGCAGGCUUGUGAUCCACCACCAGCAUUGGCAAAUGGAGAUUACACUCCUAAAGUGGAUGAAGUCUAUUUUUAUGGCAAUGUUAUAAGAUACAGCUGCAAUAAGGGUUUUGUACUUGAUGGAAGUGUAACGGCAGUUUGUUCAGAAAGUGGGCAGUUCGAUCCGAGGGAUCCUCCAAAAUGUACCUUUGUUGGAGAUGUUCAGUGUAAAGAUCCUGGAUCUUUGCAAAAUGGUGAGCGGACUGCAGGUUUUCAACCCCCCCAUGGAUACUUGUCCACUGUACAAUUCCAGUGCAAUUCUGGAUACAUCUUGAAUGGAUCUGGCAUCAUCACAUGUGGCUUGGAUGGCAACUGGUCACCUAGACCACAAUGUAUAAAGUCAACCCCAACCCCAACCACAACCACAACCACAACCAAGGCCACUCCCCCUAUCGUCCCUUCAAAGGAAACAACUGUGCCUUCUCCUGACACAACUCCACCACCUGACCAUGCAAACCACUUAAAGUGGGCUAUUCCGACUGUUCUAGGUAUCAUCAUUGUUGCAGUCAUCUGUUUAGUAGUUUACAAGAAAAAAAGAGGUUCACAGAGAGGCUACUCUGACAAGAAUGCGUCAAAAGAUGAAGGAGUUGCACUCUCGUAAGCGUCACAGUCCUGUUGGUCCAAGUUUGCUGGCUGUAAGGAUGACUUGAGAGGAACGUCAUGGAGAAAGUCUUCACAUGCGCCGAUACUCUCCGUGAGAUAUAUGCAUGUGGGCAAACGCCACUGAGAUUCAGAAACCUCCCAAAUUCAUCUCAAUACUCUGCUUAUGCUUCUAGUAGACAGUUGUUGAUACUAGACACUUUCAAUCACCUUUAAUUUCUCUACACUUAAGGUCAGCACCUUAACAGUCGUCUAAUCAUCAUGGAAUGAAAUUUCAUGUUUGUACAAGAAACUAUAGUUCAUCCAGUAUUAAUAGCAUCUGCUACUUCUACUGGUUUGUGAGUCGAAUAUGUAAAUAUGUUUUUGUGUUUGACCUUAAAUGCAGCAUUUCUGGUUAGUUCAAAACUGAAGUCUAAAAUCACACUGGAUAUAAUGGGCUAGUGUUUCAUAUCAAUUAUCACAGUUUGUGUACCUUGUUUAACUCAAAUAACUCAAACAAAUCUGGAGGAAUGCGUUAUUUUAAAUUCAACCAACGCCUGUGAAGGGAGAAGGAAGUGAGAUCCAAUCUUGUGCCUAAAAAUGAUUCAUGUUUUAGUAUUAUGAGUGUUUGAGGUUAAAUUGUUUGUAUGAAAUGUAACUCGCUUUGUCACAUUAGAGACAUUGUCUGUGGUUACAGUAAAGAUUUUCUGAAUGUGAAUUUUUUGCACAUGCUCUAUUUAUUUAAAUCCCAAAUUUCUUCUGAUUAGUACAUUGAUUUGAAAAUGUAUUUCGAAGGAAUCUUAAUGCUUUUGCAGUUGCACUAUCUUUUCAAAAUAAAGAAAAUUAACAUUGGAAA